AUGUCUGCUCCACCAAUGCAGGAAAGAAAGCCGGUGAAGGACCUACAGACGGUCUUCCACUAUACGGAUACCAUGACUCGCAAACCGACAAGAGACAACGAUCCCUACGAAUAUCAAGCCGGCUUUGGUAACCGACACCAAUCCGAAGUCAUUCCCGGCACUUUGCCCGCGGGUCAAAACAAUCCCCAAGAAGCGCGGUUUGGCCUUUACACGGAGGGUAUCACUUAUUCUGCCUUUGCAGCCCCACGUCACGCCAACUUCAGCACUUAUAUGUAUCGGGUACGACCAGCUGCCGCUCACAAUGGCUACAAGGCAAAUAUCCCAAACAAAGCAGAUAUCGAAAACUGCUUCUUGACGCUCAACCCUAAAGUUGCGACGCUAGCAGAACAGGGCGAAUGGGCACCAUUUCCCUUGCCCAAGGAAGAUGAGAAGAUUGACUUUGUCGACGGACUGCACACACUUGGCGGAAGUGGAGACCCUAAUCUGCGCGAAGGAAUUGCCCUCUACGUGUUCAUGAUCAACACGGACAUGGAUCACCGGGCAUUCUGCAACACUGACGGUGACUUCCUGAUCGUCGCUCAGCUGGGAAAUUUGGAUAUCCAGACCGAGCUGGGCAAGUUGUUCCUGCAACCGGGUGAGGUUUGUGUCAUUCCUCGCGGCAUCCGUUUUGCUGUUCGCCUUGGUCCUGGUCACAAUGUUGCCCGUGGCUAUAUCACUGAAAUUUGGGGAUCUCGCUGGGAAUUGCCCGACUUAGGCCCCCUUGGAGGCCACGGACUGGCCAACCCGAGAGACUUCUUGCAUCCCGUUGCUUACAUCGACGAAAACCUUCAUGAGGACUGGUCCAUUGUGAACAAGGCAAACGGCUUGUACAAUGCCAUUGAGCAGGACCAUACCCCAUUCGACUUGGUCGCCUGGCAUGGUAAUGUUGUUCCCUAUAAGUAUGACUUGACCAAGUUCUCGUCGCAAAAUGCCACGUCGAUCGACCAUACCGACCCUUCGGUCAAUUGUGUUCUGACAGCUGCCUCUCGAGACCCGGUCACGCCAUUGGCUGAUUUCCUGUGGUUUGGACCGCGGUGGGAUGUCGCAUCCAACACCUUCCGUUUGCCUUACUUCCAUCGUAACUCAGCCACAGAGUUCCUCGCCAGUUUGUAUGGAAAUGGACUUGGUCGCUCUGACGAUUUUCUGCCCGGAGGAGGUAGCGUGGAGAUUAGCCACACCCCGCAUGGCAACUUCAGCGACGCCUAUGUAUGGGAGAUGCGGAACCAGGUGAACGAGCCUCGCAAGAUCCUCGAAGGUUAG